AUGGCCUUCCUGGUGGCCGGGACCCUGCAGGUGGCCGCACAGGUGGCCGACGCGCGCGAGAGCCUGGGGAGAAAGGGCAAGUACAGCCUGCAGGGGCCCAGGAUGGCCCUGACGCUCAGCACCCCUGAGGUGCCAGCCUCCACGGCGGCCGUCCUGGACGCCACGCUCCGGGCCCUGGGCUGCGGGAGCUGCCAGAGGCGGGAGGUGCCCACACAGGACUUCCUGGGGGAGCUGGCCGCGUUCCGGGAGCAGCUGGACGCUCGCGGGGACCCUGUGGGUUGUGCCCUCGUGGCCUUGGUGGCCCCCAGUGGGCAGCUGAAGCAGCCUCAGCCGCUGGUCCGGGAGCUGAGCCGGUGCAGGGCCUUGCGGGGUCGCCCCAAGGUCUUCCUGCUGCUCUCGGGCGCUCCCGGGGCUGCCCUGGAGUCGGGCGCCUUCCUCACCCACCUGCGCCAGCGGUGCGGCCGUGCUCCCCGGGGGUCCCUGCAGCAGCUGCUGACGGAGCCACCCCUGCCCUCCGUGCGCUCCGAGCCCACCGUGCACACUCCCCGGCGGCGGCACCGCCCUGCCCGCUGGCCGGCCCAUCCUGGGGCGGGCUGCACCCCCGGAGGCCUCAUGGGGCACCCUGGAGUGUCCUCACCUCCUUCUCCUGUCUCUUCUCCCCUCUGCCCUGGCGGGGGCCCAAGGGGCUGGGAGCGGCCCGAGUCGGCCACGCUGCCCGCCGCAGCAGCCCUGAGGGUCGUCUGUCACCACCCCCAGGUCUUCUGCAGGGUGGCUGAAGAGUCUUCAGGGGCCACCCCCUGCCCAUUUUUCCGGAGUUCUCUGCGGGGUUCGCUGUGCCUGCAUGAGGAGGAGCCUCGGCGGCCGGAGCGCUGCCCCGGCCCCAGCUCGCGCUACGACCUGUCGGGGGCCCGCGCCGCCCUCCUCCUGGCGGUGGGCAGAGGCCGGCCAGGGGCCGAGCAAGACCUGGCAGCACUGGGCGACCUGUGCCAGACCCUGGGCUUCAAGACCACCCUGAGGACAGAUCCCACGGCCCAGGCGUUCCAGGAGGAGUUGGCCCAGUUCCGGGAGCGGCUGGACACCCAUCGGGGCCCCGUGAGCGUUGCCCUUGUGGCACUGAUGGCCCACGGGGGGCCUCGGGGGCAGCUGCUGGGGGCCGAUGGGCAGGAGGUGCGGGCAGAAGUGCUGGUGCAGGAGCUGAGCCGGUGCAGGGCCUUGCGGGGACGUCCCAAGAUCUUCCUGCUGCAGGCGUGUCGUGGGGGACACAGGGAUGCGGGGGCGGCCCCCCCAGUGUCCCCCUGGCCCUGGCGCUGGCUGCAGCCGCCCGCCACUCCCUCACAGGCCGAUGUCCUCCAGGUGUACGCCGACGCGCCAGGCGGCUCCUCCAGGGGCGUCCCUCCCGGGAGCUGGGACCAAGCAGACAUCCUGAGGGUCUACGCAGCUCCAGAGGGCUAUGUGGCCUAUCGGGACGAGAGGGGCUCCGACUUCAUCCAGACGCUGGUGGAGGUCCUCCGAGCUGACCCCGCGGGGGACCUCCUGGAGCUGCUCACUGAGGUCAACAGGCGGGUGUGCGAGCAGGACGUGCUGGGACCCGGCUGCGACGAGCGCCGCAAGGCCUGCCUGGAGAUCCGCAGCUCGCUGCGGCGCGGGCUGAGCCUGCGGGCCUGA